AUGUCCGACAAAAGUGACUUAAAAGCUGAGCUAGAGCGCAAAAAGCAGCGCUUAGCACAGAUAAGAGAAGAAAAGAAGCGAAAGGAAGAGGAGAGGAAAAAGAAAGAGGCUGAUAUGCAGCAGAAGAAAGAGCCCGUUCAGGACGACUCCGAUCUUGAUCGCAAACGUCGAGAGACAGAGGCUUUGUUGCAGAGCAUUGGUAUAUCACCCGAGCCCCCUCUAGUGCAGCCGCUGCAUUUUUUAACAUGGGAUACCUGUUAUUUUCAUUAUUUAGUCCCAACCCCUAUGUCUCCCUCUUCGAAAUCAGUGAGCACUCCCAGUGAAGCUGGAAGCCAAGACUCAGGCGAUCUGGGGCCAUUAACAAGGACCCUGCAGUGGGACACAGACCCCUCAGUGCUCCAGCUGCAGUCAGACUCAGAACUUGGAAGACGACUGCAUAAGCUGGGCGUGUCGAAGGUUACCCAAGUGGAUUUCCUGCCAAGGGAAGUAGUGUCCUACUCCAAGGAGACCCAGACUCCUCUUGCUACACAUCAGUCUGAAGAAGAUGAAGAAGAUGAGGAAAUGGUGGAACCUAAAGUUGGCCAUGAUUCAGAACUGGAAGAUCAAGACAGAAAACAGGAGGUGAAGGAAGCCCCUCCAAGGGAGCUGACAGAGGAAGAAAAACAGCAGAUUCUUCACUCAGAGGAAUUUCUCAUCUUUUUUGAUCGGACAAUACGGGUGAUUGAAAGAGCACUGGCAGAAGACUCCGACAUCUUUUUUGACUACAGCGGUCGGGAGUUAGAGGAAAAAGAUGGGGAUGUUCAGGCUGGAGCCAAUCUUUCUUUCAAUCGUCAGUUCUAUGAUGAGCAUUGGUCCAAGCACCGAGUAGUCACUUGUAUGGACUGGUCUCUCCAGUAUCCCGAGCUGAUGGUUGCUUCUUACAACAACAAUGAAGAUGCUCCUCAUGAGCCAGAUGGAGUGGCCUUGGUUUGGAACAUGAAGUUUAAGAAAACCACGCCAGAAUAUGUCUUCCACUGUCAGUCCUCCGUGAUGUCAGUCUGCUUUGCUCGUUUCCAUCCUAACUUGGUGGUUGGCGGGACUUACUCGGGCCAGAUUGUGCUCUGGGACAAUCGCAGUCAUCGGAGGACACCCGUGCAGCGGACGCCUUUGUCAGCUGCUGCGCACACGCAUCCCGUGUACUGUGUAAAUGUUGUUGGGACCCAGAAUGCUCAUAACCUCAUCACUGUCUCCACUGAUGGUAAAAUGUGUUCCUGGAGCCUGGACAUGCUCUCAACUCCACAGGAGAGCAUGGAGCUGGUGUACAAUAAGUCCAAGCCUGUCGCUGUUACUGGAAUGGCCUUCCCGACCGGAGACGUCAAUAACUUCGUGGUUGGCAGUGAAGAGGGUACAGUCUACACGGCUUGUCGUCAUGGAAGCAAAGCAGGCAUCGGUGAGGUCUUCGAGGGUCACCAAGGGCCAGUGACGGGAAUUAACUGCCACAUGGCUGUGGGCCCAAUUGACUUUUCUCACCUGUUUGUCACGUCAUCAUUUGACUGGACUGUCAAACUGUGGACCACAAAGCACAACAAGCCGCUCUACUCCUUUGAAGACAAUGCAGACUAUGUGUACGAUGUCAUGUGGUCCCCCGUGCAUCCCGCGCUCUUUGCCUGCGUGGACGGGAUGGGUCGCUUGGACCUCUGGAACCUCAACAAUGACACCGAGGUUCCAACAGCAAGUGUGGCUAUUGAAGGGGCAUCCGCCCUAAACCGUGUUCGUUGGGCUCAAGCUGGCAAAGAAGUUGCCGUUGGGGACUCAGAAGGCCGUAUUUGGAUCUACGAUGUUGGAGAGGUGCGUCUUGCAGUUCCCCACAAUGACGAAUGGACCCGAUUUGCCAGGACCCUUGUGGAGAUUCGUGCUAACAGAGCGGACAGUGAGGAGGAAGUCGCUGUUGAGUUACCUGCCUAG